AUGUGUUGUGGGGGGAAACAGGGUGCGAGAGCUCUGCUAGCAUGGUGUAAUAUUAGAUACGAUUUGUACAAGUUUUAUUAUACAACUGAAACAUCAGCAGCAUCGCCCCUGGUUCUUUCUCAUCCUCCUUCUUCAGUUGGGGAUGAAAGUGGCACAAUACAAUCGCUACUGUUCAAUUUGGCCACAAUUGAGGCUGCCACAAAUAAGUUUUCCUAUGAAAACAAAAUAGGAAAAGGUGGAUUUGGAGAGGUUUACAAGGGUGUUCUUUUAGAUGGACGAGAAAUAGCUGUAAAAAAACUCUCGUUGUCGGUAACCUCCUUGCAGGGUACAGUAGAGUUUAUGAAUGAAGCUAUCCUUGUGGCUAAGCUUCAACAUAGAAAUUUAGUGAGGCUGUUGGGAUUUUGCUUGGAGGGGCAGGAGAAGAUGCUUAUCUAUGAAUACAUACCAAACAAAAGCCUUGAUCGUUUUCUAUUUGAUCCUGUAAAGCAAAGAGAGUUAGAUUGGUCAGGACGCUACAAGAUCAUAGUUAGUAUUGCUCGAGGAAUUCUUUAUCUCCAUGAAGAUUCCCAGCUUCUAAUUAUACAUCGUGAUCUCAAAGCUAGCAAUGUUCUACUAGAUGAAAACAUGAACCCAAAGAUUUCAGAUUUUGGCAUGGCAAAAAUUUUCCAAGCAGAUCAGACUCAAGUAAAUACAGGAAGGAUAGUUGGAACGUAUGGUUACAUGUCUCCAGAAUAUGCAAUGCGUGGACAAUUCUCUGUGAAAUCAGAUGUGUUCAACUUUGGUGUCUUAGUUUUGGAGAUUGUGAGUGGCAAGAAGAACACUGAUUUUUGUCAAACUAAACAUGCCGAUGACCUCCUAAGCUAUGCUUGGAAAAAUUGGACGGAGCAAACACCUUUGGAGUUGCUGGAUCCAACCCUGAGAGAUUCUUAUUCAAGAAAUGAAGUCAUCAGAUGCAUCCAUAUUGGUUUAUUGUGCAUUCAGGAAAAUCCAUCCGACAGGCCUUCGAUGGCAACUAUUUCACUUAUGUUGAACAGUUAUUCAGUUACCUUGUCAUUACCUCGAAAACCAGCAUCUUUCCUGCAUGGAAGGACACCUGACAUGCUAAAAAAUGGGCUUCAUUCUGAUGAGUCCGCCACCAGUUCAAUUCUGUGGUCUAAUAAUGAAGUAUCCAUUACUGAAGUAUACCCUCGAUAAAGGAUAGGUUUUAUUAUGUUUUCUUCAAUCCAUCCACUUUAUGUUCAAAUCUUGUCAAACCAUGCCGUUAUGUAACACGUACCUAGUCAAUAUGUAUUGUAAAUAUUAGUGGCUAAAAAUAAUUAUGUUUGAUGAAUAGUAAAAAUUACGACCACUGAUUGCAGAUUCUUUUGGUUUUAAAUCCUUAUAAUCCUCAUGCUGGAUGCAAAUGCAGCAUAGAUAAAGGCAUGAUUCCCUUGGAGACCAUAAUAAUUUGCAGUCUCCACCAAUUUGUUUCAGAUCAGUAAAACAUAGCAAGCACUGAUCGGAACCAGUUUGAUCCAUCAUUGGCCAGCAUGUUGAAUGAUUUAGUAGCAGAAGCUGCGAGUUCCCAGACACAUAAGAAGUUCGUCACAGCAAGUCCAAGACCCUGUAUGGCCUGGCG